CUUCCGAGGAAGUGUUUAUCAUCUGAUGCUGCCAACAUGGGCUUUACAACACUGCAAACUGCAGUCUCCUGAAAAUAUAUCAUACUUAUUGUUUUCGUAAAGUGUUGUGUGUUGUAAUCGUCACUAGGUCGUUCGUGUUUAAUGUUCAUGUUGUGCAGUUUGGAGGCAGUGAACAUUAAAGCUUAGCUAACUGUGGGCAGUGUUUUGAGUUUGUGAUGAUAGCUGGUAAAUAAUCUUGAAUCGAGGAUGUACACUUUAUUGUCGGGUCUGUAUAAAUACAUAUUUCAAAAGGACGAGUACUGCGUCCUGAUCCUCGGAUUGGACAAUGCGGGGAAAACGACCUUUCUGGAGCAAACAAAGACCAGAUUCAACAGAAAUUACAAGGGUAUGAACCUUUCAAAGAUCACGACCACAGUCGGCCUGAACAUUGGCACCAUCGAUGUGGGAAAAGCUCGUCUGAUGUUUUGGGAUCUUGGAGGACAAGAAGAAUUACAGUCUCUGUGGGAUAAGUACUAUGCAGAAUCUCAUGGCGUUAUCUAUGUCAUUGACUCGACUGAUGAGGAGCGGUUGGGUGAGUCAAAGGAGGCUUUCGAGAAAAUGAUCAGCAGUGAAGCUCUUGAAGGGGUUCCUCUGCUUGUGCUGGCAAACAAACAGGAUGUCGAGGACCGUCUGUCUGUCCCCGACAUUAAAACAGCCUUCAGUGACUGCGCUUCUAAAAUCGGUAAACGGGACUGUGUGGUGCAGCCCUGCUGUGCUUUAUCAGGGCAGGGCGUGAAUGAGGGCAUUGAGUGGAUGGUGAAAUGUGUGAUCCGGAAUAUUCACCGACCACCCAGACAAAAAGACAUAACAUAGAACAUCCUGUGUGUGUAUGUGUGUGUGUGUGUGUGUGUGUGUGUGUGUCUCCAUGUGGGUGUGUGUGUGAGUGAGUGAGUGUGUGUGUGUUCAAGUGAGUGAGUGUGUGUGUGUAUGUGUGUGUUUGUUUGUGUGUGUGUGUGUGUGUGUGUGUGUGUGUGUGUGCACUUUUCUGUAAAUUCAAAGUUGUGUGUUUGUGUGUGUCUGCGUGUGUGUCUGUGUGUUUGUGUGUGUGUCUGCAUGUGGGUGUGUGUGUGUGUGUCUGCAUGUGUGUGUGUUUUAGUGAUUGUGUGUGUGUGUGCGCGUGUAUGUGUGUGCACGUGUAUGUGUGUGUCUGCGUGUGUGUGUGUGCACGUGUGUGUGUUUGCAUGCAUGUGUCUGCGUGUGUGUGUGUGUGUUUGCAUGUGUGUGUGUGUGUGUGUGUCUGUGUGUGUGUGUCUGCAUGUGUGUGUGUGUUUUUCGUGUCUGUGUGUGUGUGUGUGUGUGUGUGUGUGUGUGUGUCUGUCUGCGUGUGUAUAUAUAUCUGUGUGUGUGUGUGUGCGUGUGUGUGUGAGUGUCUGCAUGUGUGUGUGAGUGUCUGUGUGUCUGCGUGUGUGUGUGUGAUUGUCUGCGUGUGUGUGUGUGUCUGCGUGUGUGUGUGCGCGCGUGUGUGCGCGUGUGUGUGUGCUUUUCUGUAAAUUGAAAGUGGAUGAAUGCAUCUGCAGUUUUUCUCUUCAUAUAGCACCUCUCUCAUGACGUUUAAGUUAUAUAUUAUAUUUGAGUUGCACAAUAACAGACCUUUCACAGUGAUGUCAGAGUGAUGUCAGAGUGAUGUCACAGUGGAUUUGUAUGUGCUAAACUGACAUCUGUGUGCUUGAAAUGAUGUCUAAUGAGUUUUUAGAUUCUUUACUAAAUCUUAAAUCUUUGUUUAUUCACCUGACAUGAUAAAGCUGCUCUGGGUUUGUCAAAUCAAUUCAUUUCUUAUUAAAACUAAAUCAAUUUAAUUUCUACACUACGUUGUGUCAGAACCAGAAGACGUUCCUCUUAUAUGGUUUUGAGGGGGUUUUUCAGGCCCAAAAAAAACGAUCAAAUCUAAUUUGUAAUAACUAACCAAUUAUAAAAUAAACAACAGAUGAAAUGA